ACUGCAACGUUCCACCGUACCACCAACCAAUCAAUGGAGCUUCUCUACCUCUCUGUCUCACCCUGUUUCUCUCGCCUCUUCUCCCUCCGUCCAUUCGUCAUUCUUUUUCUCUCGAUUUUCCUCCGUUCUAUUCGCGACUCUUCGUCCAUCAUACGUAAUAUGAUUGCAUCGUACGCGUCACACACGCGCCGUCCCCUUCCCGAGAUUUAUACGGUAUUAACGUUGACAACGCCGAGCAUCCUGCCAACGCCACCCUUGCGGAUGCGUGUACCCACGCACCGCGGCAAUCUAUCGAAACUUCGUUCGAGUUUAAACAGAGCUAUGCUAAUUCUGCUAACGAGUUAUCGAGGACGAAAACGACGGCAAUAUAGGGAAUGGAGGUAGUCAACGUGGCUCUCCUAUUAAACAUCACCCUAGGUCUUUGAAUAAACGAUGGUCUCGACGUGAGUGGUGCCGUGAAAAUUGUUCUGUCUCGUUUGAUGUUACUUAUUUCUAUCGCUAUCUUUGAAGUCUCUCUGAGACUCUGAACGGAGUUGCAGCGUCGAAUUUCAUUAACCGCCUCGUUUCAUUUCCAUUGCUUUACAUCCAUCCGUGACAUCGAUGACGCUUAAGUUAAUGACAUAGGUAGCACCGAUAGCUUUUUCUUCGUUUAAUCAGUACGACGUAUGAAAACCAUGGCGCGUACCAUCGUAGGCGAAAAGAAUUUUUCGAUCAUCCGGCUAUGACCGGACGCUUCUUUUCUCUUCACGAGCAUUUGUUUACUUUACGUAAUCACUCUUUGUGGUCUUCGAGGAGAGUAGUAAGGUUUCCCUGGGUACUCUGUGAUACGAUCAUUGCCUCGUGAGAGAGAAACGAUUCACGGAUCGACGCGUGCAAUUGCGUUGAAACGACGGCGGGAGAAGCGACGCCGAAGCGCGACCACCAACGAAUCGAUCGAUCGCACCUUAAUUAGCACAGCGAUUACAUGCUCGCUUGAUCGAUUCACCACAUUCGGCCUCUGUUUCCCUAGGUGGGGUCGACUCGUCUGUUUCGUGCAGAUGCUCGUUAAAAUCGUCAUCCCUCUUCUAUCGUUUUCAACCAUAAUACCAACGUUCGACCCUCUGACGCAGAAUAUGUAUAUCCAUCGACUAUAGCAGAGGUGAAACGUUCUCUUGGUCGUUGAGAAUUAUUUAUGCGUCCUUUAUAAUUAUUUAUCCCCUCGCAUAUUUAACUUUGUAUUUAGGGAACUAUUUUUAUCAACGUUUACCGUUGCUCUUUCCGUUACUUUCAUUGCCGUAUUUCAGUUGUUUUCGUCACGCAUCGAACUUAUUCCGUACGGAAUGCCUAUAGGUCGAGAAAUAGGAAAGUUGGUGGAUUAUCGACGAAUCUCACCGGGAGUUCAGUGACCCUAGAAAAACUUCACGGACGGAAUUACUGCUCCCGUGGUGGAGCUGAGUAGAAUUAUGCUCGUACACGACCGUAUCGGCGGAUCGAUGACGAAGGUGGGGCCAAACCCCAAAAACGUAGACUUCGACAGCUGGAUCAUAACCAAACGAAAGAACAGGGUUGUUUCAUUCACGUUUGUCAACCACGUACCUACGAACGAUUCACGAUCUAUGUUUCUUCCAAAUGCUUUUGAUCUCUUUUACAGGAGGAUAUUAAAUCUUUCUCGCUGAAAACUGCAUGUAACGCGUUUCUUUAUCGAAACGUUCGUAAAACAUUACGCGCAAAUCGAAACUACCGGUGGUACGAGCGAAUAAAAAGCCAUUUUAGACAUUAAUAAGGACAAAUUUCCCUCUUGGUUCAACGACCAGAAUAUUGUUUCACCGUUGGUUGUCGCUAAGGCGAUCAGAGGCCGGCAAACUUUCAUAAUUCCAACGGUAAUGCGGUGACAACUUCCUGUCGCACCGUGUGGCCGGUUUUAAAGCCACCGAACAUAAUGGAACGCGUUCGCAUAUGCGUCCACUACGUGUCCCUAUUUUUUUCUGCAUACCGUUUCGCAUCUGUUGCAAGUCCCGUACCCCGGUCCCAGUUUCGUUCCCUCUUUUCUCAUGCGGCUAGACAAUACCGACUUGCUCCCUCUUUCUCUUUCUUUCGCCAACGUUAGGUCCGGUCAUGUACGUAAUAUGCAAAGAACCUGGUCAAUCGUUCGUGUCCCAACGAAAGCAGGAAGUCAAUCGAAAAAAUCGUUUCUUUGUUUAAUUCGUUAAGGCCAGAGAAUAUAAAGAUCGUUUCUCGAUAGUGAUUGUAAACGAGAAAUUGCUAGAGGCAGCGAUGUAAAGUAUAAAUUGUACUUUCGUUAUGAAGGCAAGAUGUUUUCGCUGUUCCUAAUUAUAUCAAAAAAUCCGAGUAGAUUGAUGAUACGGCUUAUCGUCGUUCCAGUGCAUAGAUAUGAGGUCAAGACAGGCUUUUCCGUAUACCUUCAUCGUGUAUAUUUAUAGUGUUUAUACGUGGAUGUAUUUAUAAUUUCAGUGGUGGAUGGUUGGUGGACAGUUGGUGCAUGCACCGACGAGCUGUGUGCCGAUUACUCGUGCUUUUGGAGCAUUCAACGGUUAACGUAACUCGAGUUUUUUCGAGUCAAUUCGCUGUUCUUUCUAACCGGCUGCAAAGUGCAGAGACCUCUCGGACAUUUAUAAAAAGACUGGCGAAUAAUCGCCAUUAAAUUUUCGUAAGUUUGUGCAAUAGCUUUAAAAAUGAUUCAAGGCGAGGAUGCAUCAAACAGAUGCGUGUCCAGGAAGUCCUCGCAAAAUAGUUUGAUUCGUUUGGCGCAGUGACGUAAUAUAACGGAAAUGAAUUUCCGAAAACACGAACUUGCGGUUAUUGGCACGACCGCCAAGUGUUGCUCGGCUUGUUUCGUCAGCGCUGCAUAAUUUUGGCCUACUGUCAUUUUCGAGACUGGCCUCGCUCGAUCUGCGGAGAUAAAGCCAGGGUAAGGUCAGGGAUUCUUCCUCGUUACUUUCCCGCGUUCGUGGCCAGCCACUUGCAUCGCUUUUGGAAUAUUCAUAGCGGAAAGGAUGAAAACAAUGCCAAAAAUCUAAAACGGCAAAACUCUAAAUAAAUCGAGCAGAAAGUGCGUACGUAGGAAGCGACGAUCGAUGAAUCAAAGUAAAGCAAUUGGAGUGGGAUAAUCAGGCAGAAGGUUCCCCGAGUACGUCGACUUUAUCCUUGAGAUUUUUCACCUCGUUGACUUUGACUCUCGCACGAGUUGUAGUGUUUUGUCGGACGUGGAUUUUUCUUUUUUUUUUUUUCUUGUCGGUUCUCCUCGAAAGAUUCAAUUUCAUGGUCUUUGGCAAAUGGCCACCAGCGAGUUUCGACGAUGUAAUUCAUGGUUUCGAGUUCACUACCGAUCGAGUGCGGCCUCGUAAGGGGUAAAAGCACUCUUGUAUCGACGCGAUAGCGCACCGAGACGACGGGGGUCAAAAUCCGUGAAGGGGUGGUCAUGAUCUGAUGCAAGGGGUGAUGCAAGCAGGGUGAGGGAGGCUGGAGGAGGGCGGUAUACCUUCUGCCUCGUAAUGUCGGGGAGCCAUGUUGCAAACAUUUCCUAACGAACAAACCCCUGCAAACAUCUCGAGGGGACAUUGAAAUAUUGUAUGUGAACUGUCUGUACUUUGUCGACUCUCUUGUUAACAGGACGCGAUUGAAAUAAAGUGACAGGUGUUACUUUUAAACCGAACGACAGAAUAAACAAAAAUCGUGACGCGCUACUCGACUCUCGAGAUUGUAAGCGUUCAAGAGCGAACCGUGAAAGAUUUAUAGCUUUACUUUGCAAAUAAUUUAAAUGCCGUGAUACAGCGUGGAAAUUCGAAAUUUGGCAAAACUAGACGGGGUGAAAAAAAAGGAUGUUUAGAGGGGCCAGAGAGUUCGAUCGGCGAUGGGAGGUCACAGUUUAUUUAAGAACGCGCAUACGUCUCUUAUUAGUUCGAUCGGCAACCCCUCGCAGCGUACGCGCGAGUCGGUAGGAGGAGAUACGUAAUAAAACGAGGGGUUCAUAGUGGGCUGGCGACGAGCUUAGCCGAGGGUGCGCGAUCGCUACCGAAUCAAGCCGACGUUGACCGAACGAGCUCGCCGAGCUGUGCAAGCCGCUUGAACGCGACUGGCGUGUCCAGUCUCUAGGCAGCCUCCGCCCGUGUUGUAUCGUUAUUUCCGUUUCCUUAGUAUAGUGUUUAACGCUUUAAUUUCUAGUCUCGCGUAACCCUCUACACAUUCACAUAUACACGCAUAUACAUACACACGUAUAUCGUAUUCUAUUUUUUUUACACACAUACAUACACAGAUACGCGCACGCGCACAUAUACACACGUACGUUUACAUCAUACCCACCGUAUACCUCCGAACCCUCGUUUUCUUUAUCACGAUCGACGAAUACGAAAUUUGGUGAUCCCGUUUUACGACGAUAUCGAACGCGACUAAUUUUCGGCAGAGCCGCUCGUACACAUACACGUACACUCACACGUAUGUGCUCGUCAAAGUGAAACCGAGGGACCGUCGACCAGGAGGCGAGCAUAAAUGCCGAUUUACGAGCGCUCGCGUCGUACUUUUCUUUCAUUGAUUUCCCCUUCUGUUCCGGGCGGCGGUGCGAGAGCGUGAUAGUAGGUGCACGUAAAGAGAGAGAGUUAGAGAGAAGACCAGGGACCGGCGCGAUACAUCGAUCAGCACCACGAGAGUAGUCGCGUAGCACGGGCCAGUUGCACGUUGCUCGGUUUCGCGUGCGACCGAAAAGAGCUUUCGGAAGAGAAAAGGGAAUAAACGUCGAGAGACGGAGAGGAAAAAAAUAGUACGGAGAGUGUCGCGUCUCGAAAAAAUAAAGAAAAGUGUUUUCUGUGUUUCUGUGUGGAUGUGUGUCGUGUGCUUACGCGUGCAUCGAUCGUAAAGAUAGAAAGGUGUGGAUCCUGAAAAGACCGUGGAAACAGAUUUCGUACGUAGUUAGAGAGAACUCGGUAGAAGACUGCAAUGAUGGCGAACGGAAUGGACACAGUCGUGCAACAAAAUGGUGGAUCCACCCUCGGGCAGGCCUCGCAGGAAGAGUCCAAGACGAAUCUCAUUGUAAAUUAUUUGCCACAGAGCAUGACACAGGAUGAGAUUCGAUCCCUCUUUGCGAGCAUAGGCGAGGUGGAGAGCUGCAAGUUGAUUCGCGAUAAACUCACCGGUCAGAGUUUAGGUUACGGUUUUGUUAACUAUCACCGGCCUGAGGAUGCUGAGAAAGCGAUAAACACGCUCAACGGUCUUCGUCUGCAAAACAAAACGAUCAAGGUAUCGUACGCGAGACCGAGCAGCGAGGCGAUCAAAGGGGCAAACCUGUACGUGAGCGGUUUGCCGAAGAACAUGACGCAACAAGACCUGGAGAAUCUGUUCAACCCAUAUGGCAGAAUCAUCACAUCGCGGAUACUUUGCGACAACAUCACCGUACGACAGUUUGUGACCGGCGGCGGAGACUAUUUGCCCGGAUUGUCGAAAGGGGUCGGUUUCAUAAGGUUCGACCAGCGGGUCGAGGCCGAGAGGGCGAUUCAAGAGUUAAACGGUACCGUUCCGAAGGGCUCAUCCGAGCCGAUCACCGUCAAGUUCGCCAACAAUCCGAGUAACAACAACAAGGCGAUACCGCCGUUGGCCUAUCUGGCACCGCAGGCGACCCGACGAUAUGGCGGCCCGAUCCACCAUCCAACCGGCCGCUUCAGGUACAUUCCACUGUCGCCACUAUCCAGCACUGGCAAGGCCAUGCUUGCCAUUAACAAAGGCUUACAGAGUAGGUACAGCCCGCUGGCAGGCGAUCUCUUGGCGAACUCAAUGCUACCCGGGAACGCGAUGAACGGUUCCGGCUGGUGUAUCUUCGUGUACAACCUCGCUCCAGAGACCGAGGAGAACGUGCUGUGGCAGUUAUUCGGUCCGUUCGGCGCCGUCCAAUCGGUCAAAGUGAUCCGCGACCUGCAGACGAACAAGUGCAAAGGCUUCGGUUUCGUGACGAUGACCAACUAUGACGAGGCGGUGGUCGCCAUCCAGAGCUUGAACGGUUACACGCUCGGUAACCGGGUUCUUCAAGUGAGCUUCAAGACGAACAAGAGCAAGGCGACGUAGAACGACAAGCAACAGCACCAGCAACACCACGAUCACCAUCAUCAGGCAGCAGCAGCGGCAGCAGCAGCAGCAGCAGGAACAGCAGUGGCAGCAACGCCAGCUGUGGCGGCAGCCGCGGCCGUGAUCGGUCAAGCGACCGCAACCAAAAUCGUGCUCGGUUCAACGACCGCAGCAGCCGCGGUGGUCGCCGCGACAGCGACCGCUGCUGCUGCGGCCGCGGCUGCGGCUGCGGCUGUGGUCACGCCCGCGACCGUCCAAGCGCUCGCGACUGCCUGUGCUUCCACUAAGAAGAUCGACCACCACCAUCUCCCUGUCGAUUCCGUGAUCGACACCCUGAACAGUCGUGAUCGCGGAGCAAACCAUCAUAACAAUCAGAACUACCAUAACCAGCAUCAACAGCAGCAGAAUCACCCGUUCAAAGAUUACCUGGCCGAUGUGUCCAAAUACGAAAAGAUGACUAGGGCUCUGGCCUCCUCGAAGAAAUAUCGGUGGGGCAGAUACGACUACGAGAACCACGACGACGAGUACAAUUCCGAGUAAUAUUCGAAGGAUGCUGAGUUCUCUGGAGAAUAUUCGACCGAGGGAUGAUGGAAGGAAAAAAGACAGGAGCAGAGUGAGAGAACAGGAAGAAAGGGGAGAAUGCUAAGAGAUACUCGUGCGUGUGUGUGCGUGUAUACGUGUGUCUGUACAAGCAAGGGUGCGAUGCAUAUGCAGUAGGUGCGCGUGGCUGAGAGGGAGAGGGACGUAGAGAGACGAGGAUGAACAGACAGCGAAGACGAAGAGAGGUAGGUCGUGGUACGCGAUCGCUCGCCUGAUAUUCCUAAUUAUACAUCGUGUGCAGGAACGAAGAGAAGGGUAAAGAGGAAGCUUCGCUUUUUCUUUAUUUCCUUCGUUCGCCUUAGCUUCACCCUCUCCCUCUCUGGUUACUCGUUUCUUUUCUCCCGCUGUUCGUCCACGACAGAAGGUUAACGCGAGGUCCUGUCGGCUUCGGUAGCUCGCGGAAUUCGCGACUGUGUCGCUUCAUUCCCGCGGCUUGGGCGGAAUAAACGAUAAGAUGAAAUCGGACGAAAAGAAAGGAACGUCCGUAGCGACCAAACGUGGCUCGUGCGACUGCUUGCGAAUAUUGUACAUACAUAUUGCCGAUUUAUGUAUAUGUACGCAGAUACACGAGCCAUGUAAUACUAAAUAUAAUAAUAAUAACGUUACCGUAUCGAUCGACAAACAUAGAGGAGAAAACUUGUCAUGAAAAUCGAGUUGGCGAGAGAAAUAAAGAAAGGACGAAAGUUCCCUUUACUAGACCAAAGAGUCACGACGACGUCAGGCUGUGAGACUCGAGCAAAAUUUAUAAAAGGCAGGGCCUGAUUGAUUUUUUUUCCUUUUUUUUUUUUUCUAAAAUCAUUGACAACUCACGACGUAAGAGAAGCGGACAAGAAAACGGGACAGUGCCUCGUGUUUUCCCGAUUAGAUCGACUACGUGUGAACUCGAUGGAAAGGAUCGGUGGACAUACAUAUGGAGGAUGGAAAAGAGUGCGUAGUAGUAGGUGACUGUAGGGGAAUGGUGUAGAAAGGAGAGACGAGUGAGUAGAGAGAGAAUAGAAGGACGUGGCGAGACAAUACAGACGGAUCGCGAUCGAGGACGGGACGGGGACGAUCGAUAGAUCGAUCGAAAUACGAAAGGAGGCAAAUCGCUCUCUGGCAGAGGAUAUAAGAGAAACGGGAAUACCAAUAGUGAAAACCAUGACACUGAUGCAUGUGAGAAGCCUCGCGUUCGAUUUUUAGGAUGCGAGGCAAGCGCCAAAGAGAGCGGGAGAACUAGUUGUUAAAUGCAGACGAUCGAUUUCCCCUUUUUCUUUCUCCUGUUUAGCCAGUGAGACUAAACGUACUUAAAGAAUCUAAACUUUCUUAAUCCGUAGUUAAAUUAAGGACGAGUCAUCAUUCGACGAGUACCGAAAGACGAAGUAUAAUAAUUAUUACCUAUUUAAGAAGAUAUUUUAGGGCUUAUGUGCUAUACAUUACAAUGCGAUGUCGCGAGAAUUCGAGAGAUCGAAACGUCAUAAAAGUGACCCGAGGGAUUACGUCACGUUUCCUGAUAACGUAGCAACGUGUUGUAUCUUUUCUUUUUGCUAGUCACGAGCUCUUGUACUUCUCUGCCGGUUGUCCAAAGAAUAUUCGAUUUUUCAUUUUCUUUUCGUUUUUUUCUUUUUCAUUUUUUUUUUUUUUUUUUUUUUUUGUUUCUUUUAUUUUUCUUAUGUAUAGAUAAUACGUACGUAUAAGAGAGAUCUUAGUUAGUACAAAGUGCUUUCUUGAGUGCAGAGUCUGAUUUUAUCGAGCAUCGCGUAUUAGUGUCCUUCGAAUGUGCACCGUCCACAAACUUGGACGUUUUAGAAGAACUUUGUCAGCCAACUUUUUAACAAAAAACACACACCCACUUUACACACACGUACACGUAUACAUACAAAGACAUUGCUCGCAGCGGGGAGAAAACGAACAAAGAAGGGAUUCUUCCUCCCCGUCGCAGCGAAGAUGGUCCGAUUUUUAUAAACACGAACGUUCGAUUUCCCUUUUUUAACGAAAAUAUUGAAAGAAAAAAAAAGUCCAACGUACAAAAUAAUAUUUCAUAGAGACGGUUUACUUAUACAUACGGUACGCAGAUUGGACGCGUCGUGUCUUUUCUUGCAACGAAGAAAGAACGAAAGAUUAAACGAAAGAAACUCUUCGCGACGGUGCACGAAUAUGUGAUACAGACAUGAUGUUGAAGUACGAUCGACGAAUGAUUUCCGGAUCAUCGGGAAACACGUGUCUAGUCUACGUGCAAAGAGGCGUCAGUGAAUAGAAAACGGCGCCGCGUGUUAAGAACCUCUCUCCACACAGAGAACGAGAAAACUCUUUUUCUUUAGACUAGUAAGCAAAUCAGACAGGCGAUUUCAAAGAAGGUGCGUUUUAGGUGGUACGAUGUAUAAGGUAAGCGAACCGUUUCGCCCGCGCUAGCCCGUAGAAAUAAUUCCCCUGAACGGGACUAAUCCCAAUGUACUAUCGAAAACCGAAAACCAAAUCUUCUUCUUAGAUAGCGAAGAAAGACUAAUUGGAUAGAAGAAUAUCGAAUUACGUUUUAUUAAAUACGUACUAGCUUGUAGCGGUGAUCGGGACUAGCGCGAACGAACAUGGAUCGUAAGUACUUAAUCGUGAGUAAAUUUCGAAAAUUUCUUAAGCUCCUAGGUUUAGUAUAACGCGACAGAAAAAAAAGCGUAGCAUAUAUAUAUAUAUAUACACACACACACAUAUAUAUACACAUAUAUAUAUGUUGUCCUAUUUAUGUGUACCUUCUUGUGUCUAGUCCGGGAGCGAGGAACAGGCGGUUCGUUUGAAAGAGAAUACGCUCUCUAGGAGCACGACGAUAUGCACCUGUCCUCCCUCCC